AACUGGCAAGUAGAAAUUAUGGAAAAUAAAGCAUUAUUACUGAAAAUGUAUUUGUAGGAGAUUAGGUUUGCAGCGAAGACGCUUCGUCCCGGGAUGAGGUCCUGGUGACGGACCACGGCUAGAAAGCUGUGUGAGCUCUCUUCACAUUAUAGUCUAUAGUCACGCAAGUGGCUCGGCGUUCGGAACAUUCCAGUCCCUGGCUGCUUCGGAAGCACUCAACACCGGUUGUGGAUGUCCAUUACAUGGGACCGGGUGCUUGGCGUGAGGAGCAGCUUGCUGGCUGCUCCCAUUGUCGCUGCUGCUUUCUCUAGUGCAGCCGCUGCCACCACCACCACUACCACUGCAGCUGCCAUUUCUACUUCUACCGCUACUUCUACCGCUGCCUCUACCGCUGCUGUUGGUGCUAGCGCAGCUACUAGCCCGUUGCUGUUGCUGCAUGUUUCUCCUGCACUGGACACUUCCUGCCUCAUCUCGAUUGGUAUUUGAACUUGCAACUUGACCGCAAGCAUGGCAAGGAGCAAAGAUUCAAUUAUGUGUGUGGUAGUUCUGUUGGCGUUCUGUGUCAAUUUGGGAAAGGGCUAUGUGGAAAUGUUUAGCAGGGAACAUUUCGACGUGAGCACGCAGACUUACACCACAGUCUAUACCACUGUGCUAGUACUUAAAGAUGACCAUAAAAACUAUCUGCCAGCUUGCAGAGGGAAUGAUACUGGAAUACAGCUCAUUCGUACCAAUGCGACAGGAACAAAGAGUCAGAUUCCACUCAAGUUAGGUUUCUGGGACACUGGCAAGCAGAAAACUCCUCUUUCAGGUACCUACAGGUGUGUGUCUGACCGAGGUGUCUCAACUAGGGGAUACCGCAUUAAAUUAUACCAUAAUCCACCAACGUCACUGAUGGUGGAUGCUGGACUCACCACCACCAAGGAUGUUCAAGAUCCGUUCAAUGUCACCUGCUCACGCCCCAACCCAGAAGCACUGGACUUCAUGUUUCACCUGGUGUUCCGCACACACAAGUUGACUGACGAGAAACUGAGUGCCCCUGCUCACGCCUCCUCGCCACUCGCCUACACUACAUUCCUCGUCACUCCGUCUAAAUAUGGAAUAAAGGCUGACCAUCAAUACUCGUUCAAGUGCGCAGUCACCGCGCUGAAGUGCUCGUCAUUAUACACAAACCUAUAUCAAUGCAGUUUUUUAGAUUCGAAAUCGUUUACCACGCAUCCUGCCGUGAUUUCCUUCAAAGACUUGACUGUGUACCUGGAGAGUAAUGACACGAGUGGGUACAAUGCCAGCACGCAGAUUUACACGGUCUCCUACCCGGCCGGUACAAACAUCAGCAGCGGUGUCGAUUUGGACUACAUGCCACACUGUAGAAUAUCACCAGGCUACAACUUAACACUAAUGAACACUGUUACUCAACAGGUCGUGUCCGCAAUGCCCAAUACAACUGGACGUCUGUACUGGGAUCCAUCGCAGUUCAGUCUCAAAGUGGAACAUUCCGGGCUCUACCAGUGUCUGGGGGAGUCGGGCAGGAAAUCUAAGGUUUCAUUCAACCUGACUGUCUUCAAUACAGACAAGCCGUCUAUUGCAGCCUUCCAGAUGGGUUCUACACAGCUCUUUUCAAAGUCUACAACGAAUGUGCCUAUACACUGCUCUGGUAUAGCGCCGUCAGACGCUUCACCCCAGCUGUUAAUCACGAGCAAUGACCCUUCUGUCUCUCGUCACCUCUACAUCGACGGACUGGUGACUAGAGGGAGUAAUGGAUCGGUCAACAUUAGUGCAUCGGUUUCGGCUGACCGUUUCUCACCAGUCGAGAAUGUCACAUUCUUGGUUACAUGUACGCUGCAAGGUCCUUUCGCCUGUACCGGCAAUCCCAAUGUCAAGGCAGCCUGCGUGCACAGUCACAGCAUUAGCAGGACAUUGCCGGUGACAUUUGUUGAUAUUGAUGAAUGUAGCAGUGGUGUUCAGGACUGCGACCAGAAUGCAGUGUGCGAGAACACGUACGGGUUCUACGAGUGUAAAUGCCAGACUGGAUUCGAGGACAUCAGCAACAUAACCACCAACAGCACCUCCUCACAGCAAGCCGGCAAUGGCGUUGGGCCGGUCUGCGGAGACCUGGAUGAAUGUGACCAGGGAGGCCAUGACUGUAGAUCCAGUGGCUAUGCGGGCACAGCAACGCCGACCUGUGCCAACACCCAUGGCAGUUAUCAAUGUACAUGUGGUGCUGGUUAUUCCUGGAAUGGAUGGACGUGUUCAGACUAUGAUGAAUGUAAACGCACGAUCGUCGCCAUCAGCACUAGCACAGCCGCAGGACCGACAACUGCCUCGCCCAUGACACAGCCACCGACCACCGACCCACUUACGUCACUGCCAGCCACCCACCCAGUCACGUCUGCACCCACAAUGCACUCACCCACAACACUAGCAGGCACGCUCCCACCAGUGGUCUCCACGACAGAGCAAACCGGGCAGCCUCAGGGGAUACCGUGCGGCUUGCAAGGAACAUGCACCAACACGGCAGGCUCUUUUCUCUGCCAGUGCUUUCUCGGUUACCAAAGCAACGGCUCGUAUUGCCAUGACGUGGACGAAUGUUCAAAUGGAACACACGGCUGCCAGAGCACGGGGUCAAUGUGUCAGAACACAGUGGGUUCACACGAGUGUGUUUGCGCGGCGUUUUUCACCGGUAAUGGAACACAUUGUGAGAAUAUAGACGAAUGCCUGUCACCGCAGCUGAACACUUGCCAUGCUGAUGCUGUGUGCAUAGACUCGCUCCACGGCUACAACUGCACCUGCAGGGCUGGUUUCCAUGGGAACGGAAUACAGUGCCACGACGACGACGAGUGCGCGCUGGGAGUGGACCGUUGCCAUGAGAACGCCACGUGCAGCAACCUCCGCGGCACGUACGCGUGCACGUGUGCAAGGGGAUUUGCUGGCAACGGCAUGCUGUGCUCGGAUAUUGAUGAAUGUGUUGCUGGCACGCACAGUUGCCAUGGUAAUGCUACAUGUAGCAACCACCUUGGCACGCAUUCCUGCUCCUGUGACGGGGGAUUCAGCGGUAAUGGCACUGAUUGCGCCGAUGAAGAUGAGUGUGGAUUGGGUAGUGAUAAUUGCCAUGACGGAGCCACUUGCAGCAAUACCGUAGGGAGUUUUGUAUGUGCGUGUGACGAUGGUUUUCGAGGUUCCGGGAAAGUUUGCGGGGAUAUUGAUGAGUGCCAAGCAGGGGCUCAUGGUUGCCAUGGGAAAGCAGUGUGUGCCAAUACGAUUGGCAGCUUUCAAUGCCGCUGCUUGCAAGGUUUUACAGGCAAUGGAACAUCUUGUGCGGAUAUUGAUGAAUGCCGAACAGGAACUGAUAGUUGUCAUACUUGGGCAAGUUGUAGCAACACAAUUGGAAGCUUCUCGUGUUCAUGUAAGCAUGGCUUCAGUGGCAAUGGCUCAAAUUGUGUUGAUUUGAACGAAUGCGCACUCGGGCUGUACAAUUGCCAUGCCUCGGCGGAGUGCCGUAACCAAAACGGAAGCUAUUCAUGCAGUUGCAAUAGCGGAUUUACUGGAAAUGGAACAGUGUGUACGGACUUAAACGAAUGUUUGUUGGGUACACAGGACUGUCAUGCUAACGCUGCAUGCAACAAUCAAAAGGGAAACUACGUCUGUACUUGCAACAGCGGAUACACGGGCAAUGGAACGGCAUGUACGGAUUUGAAUGAGUGCAAACUGGGCACGCAUAACUGUCACAAGAAUGCAAAGUGCGCCAAUAGUGCAGGAAGAUUCACCUGCUCGUGUGCAGCAGGGUAUCUUGGCUCCGGGGUGGAAUGCCGAGACCGGGAUGAAUGUGAAAACGCGUCCGACAACAGCUGUCACCAGCAUGCUGAUUGCCACAAUAGACCUGGUAACUUCUCUUGUUCAUGUCGGCCGGGAUUUUCUGGCAGCGGUGCGGUAUGUUCUGAUAUAGACGAAUGCUCCUCAAGAGUUUCACCGUGUGACGCGAAUGCCGCUUGUCACAACAGCGUGGGAAUUUUCUCCUGUGUCUGCAAGGCUGGGUUUACCGGUAAUGGUCAGAAUUGCUCGGAUGUGAAUGAGUGUUUGCUUGGCCUACACACAUGUCAUCUGCAAGCAGUAUGUGGUAAUCUCAAUGGUUCAUUCAAUUGCAUGUGCGUACAGGGCUUUGUAGCCUCUGGUGACAGUUGCAUAGUUGAUACCGAUGCAGACAAUGUACAAACUACAUCAAGCUCUGUGGCAGCCAUUGGUGCAGGAGCAGGCAGUUGUCUGACUUUGCUUGUCGUUGCUAUAUUAGCCUGCAAAUGGAAGCAGUUGAGGAUGGCCACUUUGUCCCUGAAGAGUGAUAAGAAUGACUCCAAGGGCAGUGAUCCAGUAUACAUGAACAACGGCGCGGCGCGUGGUGUUAUUAAGUCACUGAGACGCUUGCAGCAUCCUGAACAUCAAUUGCCCAGCCUGAAGCCAGCACAGGGCAAUGGGGAGGUGUACGAAGCUCUCGACUUUGCCCGGGCCAAGCUGAGGACCUGGAAGUCACAUGGAUAUAGUGCAGCCUUCUCCAAAUCUCAUCCGCCCAACGGUGGCAUAGGCUCGGCUAUUGCAGACACGUCACUCAGCCACCUACCUGACAGGACGAUCCCGGAGCAGACUACCUCCACAAGUUCAGACGUAAAUGACUACUUAUCAUCCCAGGUCAGUCGCCGAUCGACCAUGUGCUUCACCGAAGAAGAUUUCUACGAGAGUUUCAACGACACCGUGACCAAUGCAUUCGGACGCCAGGAGGCCGAGGACGUGUAUGGCAACAGCGAACACAAUGAAGAUCUGUACGGCUAUGCAGAUGAUGAGCAGCGCAGCAACACUGGCAGGAAGAAGGUGGAGGGUGUCUACAACGCCUGCAACGCCAAUGCCUAUGGUGUGCUGGGUGGUGGUCGUGGUGGUGGUGGUGCUGAGAGCACAGCGGACCUGUACGAGUGUCCCGUGGUGUCGAUCACAUCAUCAUCCUCCUUGCAAGUGAGCGGUGGUGGUGAAGCAAGCAAGUGUGCUGUUGAUGUCUGCGGCAGCGGCCCUCUACCGGGUUCGGGCAGUACAAGUCACAAGCGAAAAUCAGCAGGCAACAUACAGAUGAGCUUAUCAUCAUCAAUGUUGCCCAUCGAGGAAGACGGCGAACUGAAGGGCAACAACCAUCUACACCGAAUGAGCAAGUGCAGUACGUUCAGUUUUGCUGUCACAGAAGCUACGAUCAACGAGGAAGACGCUUUCGACAAUGAAGCCAUGACCGUCAAUCCUAUCUACGGCGAGGAAACUCUGGAAGUGGGAAAGUCUGUCCAGCAAAGCAUUCCUGAUGGACAAGAGGAGGAGUGGUGGGCGACUGAUCGAGACACUUGCGGGUCUGACCUAUCAGGAUAUGUAGUCCAGUGGCAGAACUCCGGCACAGCCGACGUGUCCGACGUGAUUGAACCUGUAUAUGGUGAUGUGAUGGACCUUAACCAAGCCACUCCCACCGUGUCUUUCAGUGCUAGUAUACCCAUCUCUACAGGGCAUGCACUCACACCUGAUGAUCAGUGCAGUGUGUACUCGACGGCCAAAGACGCCGCUGACACGCACUGGGAUCUCGCGCAGGCCAUUCGGCCGUGCACUGCCGAGAGUUACCGAGAGGAUGUGUGCCUUGCACUUCCAACACUGGACUCACUCAAGUCACCGUGCUACACGACUGACGUCCAACACAUGGACACGCAGAUCCUAUCGCCAGAGACGUGGACUUACGAAGAUCCCUGGGUGUCCCUGGACAGAUACAAGCCUGACCAAUCAACUACAAUCUAUGCUAACUCCAACCUACCAUUGGGCGACCACCAGCACUCAGAUUCGAUCUACGAGGAAGCAACGAGCUCCAAUCGAGGGCCGACUAGCGCUAGCAAGAAGGCGUAUAUGCAUAGAACUGAACCCCUGCUGAGCGAAGAUCAUGCACUCAGCAUGCACUCGCGGUAUAGGGCAAGCUUCUCGGUGGCUGAAGACGAGGAAGAUGGCUUCUUCGACCUGAGCCGCCCAGUCUCGGAAAUCCAAUCACCCGGUGCUGCCCUCAGAACCUGCAGCAAUGCAAGUGGUUAGGGUCACCCAACAAAGACCGAAACCAAAGAAAAGAAUGCAGGCUGUACGAGUAUGUGCAGUCCUGGCAAUGGUGUGUGUACGGAUCCAAGCAGUGGUGCAAGUGCAGAAAGCUGAGCAACCAUGGCUACCAUAGAAACACACACAUACACACACACACACACGCACUCCCGAGAUCGCUGUCCAGAAACUCUCGUCACGUUCAUCGGGGCUUUCUCACUAUGUUGCAGGACAUAUACACACGCACAAGCUACCGUGCCACGGAUCAUAGCUAGCUGGCCUGUACAUGUAUGGACGGUCUGCAGACCUUGGUGUUCCGCUGGGUACUUGUCUCUGCUGGCCAUGCUAAGUCUAGGGAUCACAGACCCUGGUGCUGACAUACAGACUACUGCUGCCGCUGGCGGUGGCAGUUACCUCCUGUUCCUCCUUCUGACGCUUGAUGAUGGGGUUCUGAGACCGGACAUCAUCUCACAGAGUACGUGUGUGACUGAUGUGUUCAUUGUAGACUGAGUCUAGACACUUGUACAACACACCUAGGGAUAAGGCGAUGCUGAUCGACGGCCUGUGAGAGGUAUAACGGUAGUAGCGCAUGUAGGAUUUCUAGAACCAGGCCUUGAACAGGCGUACCGUAAUCAAAGUCCCACUAAUGCAACCGCCGUGUUGUGGAGGCUCUACUCCCUCCCCCGCCCCUGCCCGA